CAUGACAACAGUGUGUACAGUAGUUUAUUUUUAAAAUUUCAAACCGGAAGUAGUACUGGCAUUUUUAAACUUGUAUCCCACAUUGCAGCAGUGCUUGUGCUUAGUAAACCAUGUGUUUUUAGCCUCUAUGAGUGGUGGAAAAACAUGGAUUUGGACCCUGCAGGAUCAACAACAUCUGUAGAAGCAUCUACAGCAGCAGAUACAUUCGACAGAAGAAAAAGAAAGCACGUCGACUUCACAGCACACGAAGAGGCCAAGAGAUUAAAAUCUGUGCAGGAAGGUGAGGAGACACGGGAGUGUGGAUGUUCCCCUCGCCCAACGAGGAGCCCCGUGCUGCUCCACCGCCUUCAACAACCAAUUACACUGAAUGAGCUGACAGAGCUGCUGCAUUAUGCCGCUCUGGGGAAAACAAGUGGCAUUAAACAGCCGAGUUGGUGUCAUCUCCGCCAUCAGAAGAGGGUUAAAGCUGUGAAUGUGGUGAUCGUGGAGGGCCUGACCCAGAGUCACUUUUACAAACACUACCUCACCCUGCCACACCUCAGGACCAACUACACCACUAGGAUCACCUUUACGCCAUCGUCUGCCAACCUGGUGUCAGGAAUCUUCAGCAGUGAAGUUCCUGAAUCAGAUGAUCCAUCUCUUUCCCAAAGACACAAUGGAAACAGUGAAGUGCACAAAGCACUGAGGAUUCACCCAGUAAUCAGCAAGUUUGGGACACAGAGGAGAGGAUUGACGGCAUACGUUCUCACCCAGGAGGAGAUGAUCAAGACACACUUCCCUGUCAAAGGAAUGCCCGGCUUUGAGGAAUUUGUGUGCAUGGAUAGUGUUGACUGUGUGACUGACAGCAGCCCUCUGUAUGGACUCGACUGCGAAAUGUGUCUAACAGAAAGAGGAUACGAGCUGGCUCGUGUCUCUCUGGUGGACAGCGAUGGGAACUGUGUGAUGGACGACCUGGUGAAACCUCAGAACCGAAUCCUCGACUACCUCACAAGGUUCUCUGGUAUAACCGCACAGCUGUUGCGACCAAUCACAACGACCCUGCGUGAUGUUCAAGUAAAGAUCAGGACGUUGUUGCCGAGCGACGCUGUCCUGGUGGGACAUUCUCUAAACAACGACCUCGUGGCUCUGAAACUGAUCCACCAGCAUGUAAUCGACACCUCCCUGCUGUACAGGAGAGAGUUUGGAAACAAGUUUAAACUGAAGGUCCUGGCCGACGUAGUGCUGCAGAGGCAAAUACAAACUGAAGAGGAGAAGGGUCAUAAUCCCACUGAGGAUGCAGUGGCGGCCCUGGAGCUGGCUCAGUACUUUAUUAAAACAGGACCUCGUCAGGUUGUAGAACUUCAUCUAGAGGAGCUGUGGGGAUAUACAAUAGUAGAGGAGUCCUCUGACUGUGAACCUGCACCUGCACCUGCCCCAAGUCACAGGUUUGCGGACAUCCUACAGACACUGGGCCGGUCAGUAGCCUUCAUAGGAAAGCGUUCUGACAUCACUCUGGAGCUGUCCAAUCAGCAGUGGCACAACUCUGACAAAGAGAUCUUAGCUUCUUUCAGGAGACAGACCAAGUAUCCGUUCCUCUCAGUGCUCCAGUUUUCUUCCCUCUCGGACCAAAUGAAGAGGAGCUACCCUCAUCAGGAGCACCAGUACCAGAGGGUGGUGUGUGCGGACCUUCGAGAUAUGUGCGUCGUGUUUGCCGGGCCGUUCCCUGCAGGUUUCUCUGAGAGGGAUGUGAGGCGGCUGUUCUGUUGCUGUGGACCGGUUCGAAAUAUCAAAAUGUUGAAAACAACUGUCAGGGUUCAUGCAGAGGUAGAGUUUGAGCUGCUGGAGGGAGCUGUGCUGGCUCUAACAACUUUGAAUGGAUUUAAUAUGCAGGGACAUUCCAUCAAGGUCCAGAGGCCUGUUUACGAGUCAAUGCUGGACUUGGAUCUGACUCUUGAUACUUUGAUGUGUGACAGUCUCCACGCCAGUCACCUCUACGCUGUUAAAUUGAACCCCAGUAUGGCUGGGAGCAUACACGUUUCUGCACGGGUCAAUGGACACACGUCAGAUGCAGAAUGUUCAGGUGUUACUUCUGUUAAAACAGCGAACAGGUCGCCCUCAACGAAAGUAAACGGCCAGCGGUCGCAGUCUAAGCUGUCUGAGCAGGAAGUCAGAGAGACAUUUGGUCACUUUGGUUCGGUGGAGAGAGUCAUCCUGCCGGCCAAACCUGGAAAACGUGCAAGACAUGCAUACAUAAAGUUUGAGAGCUCAGAUUGCAGACAUGCAGCCUUCAGCUCCACUGAGGAUCUCAGGAGGGAAAACUACCUCGUCUGUUCGUCCCUAACUCCACCCCACUUGCCCUCAUGGGUUGCCAUGACAACACCAAUCGCCACGGUGGAUCCUGACAGUGAAGCAGCAGCAGCAGAAGACGAGGAGAGGACCCGCGUGCACACCAGUUCUCAGGAGCAGGAAAUGGAUCUCAUGAUGGGGAAGUUGGACCGCUGCCUGCUGAAGCUCUUCAGAUCUCUCCCACAAGGCACCUUGUCUGUGGUCGUGCUGCCCGGAUGCACCAGUGCUCUUGGUCACCUUCCUGGUUUGUGCCUCAUGGAGUUCAAGCAUGGGUCUUGAGGAGAACAGAGACCUGGUCCUCUGUGGGAACGAUUAUAAACCUGCACUAUCAACAUAUCUUCCAGUCCAAAUAAUUAAAAAAUAAACCACCACAGACUCAGCAAAACGA